AUGAUGAUCGCAGAGCUUAUCAACUUAAAGGAUAUCAGAUUGAUAGUUCCAAAAUCGAUGGAAAAGCGGUAUCUAGGUUGCGUGGAGAACGUGGCUGAUAUGCGCUCCCUCAAAGAGGAACCUGGAAUCACCUCUGAAAUGAUGAAGGGGUUAUCACACUCGGGGUCGUGGCUUACAGCGCUAUUCGUUGUCGCUGAGCUAUCACAGGCUAUCGAAGUACGUAUGGAUUGUCACCCUGAACGAGGUGCUUCUCUGGAGAAGUGCAGAGAAAGAGACUGCAUUUGGACACCAACAGAUCAGCUUCCGGGCACACCAUUCGAGUACAUGUCGAUAAACUUACCAGGACGCGUGCGGCACGUGAUCACACUGAAGAAAAAGAAAGGCACGAAAAACCCAUGGGGUGAUGAUAUCGAGGAAAUUCAAUUGAAAAGUGACUACAUCGGAAAGACCCUCAAUGUGAAAAUAUUUGCAGAAGGACGAUACGAUCCUCCAGUGGACUUACCAAGAAAUCCCUCCGAGUCCGCAGACAAUUUGGAGCUUAUCACCGAAUCGUCAAACGACUCGUUUCAUUUUGUGGUUACACGAAAUUCAACAGGAGCACAUCUUUUCGACACCUCAAUAGGUCUAAAGAAACUCCUCUCUCGCUUAUGGGCCAUUUACACAGGAGGGGAUUUGCAAAAAUCCCUUUCAGGUGGUUUGAUGUUUUCUGACAAGUUCCUGCAAAUCGCCACGUACUUGCCGUCAGACGCUAUGUAUGGAUGGGGAGAAAAUGCUCAUCCAACUCUUAAGCAUGACUUUUCCAUAUAUCGCACAUGGGGUAUGUGGGCAAGGGAUGAGCCUCCUCAUUCAACAGAAGUGGAUACGAAGAACCUCUACGGAGUGCAUCCUUUUUAUAUGGUCCUAGAACCAGAUGGCAAAGCUCAUGGAGUGCUUAUCCUCAACAGUAAUGCACAGGUAGUCUUUGAGCAGUACCGAGAAACUGAUUAUCACUCUUAUCUGAAUCACAUUCAGCAAGUGACGACAGCACCUGGUCCUGCGAUAAUCUAUCGAACAAUUGGUGGAAAUUUGGACUUAUACUUCUUCCCUGGACCAACUCCUGAAGAAGUGACUCAACAGUAUCUGUCCCUUAUCGGGAAACCAAUUUUACCUGCCUAUUGGGCGUUGGGAUUCCAGCUGUCACGGUAUGGUUACAAGGAUUUGGAUGAUAUGAAAACAACCAUAGAAAGGAACAUGAAGGCCGGUAUCCCCUUGGAAACAGUUGUGGUUGAUAUUGACUUCAUGGAUCGAUAUAAAAUGUUUACUGUUGGUAAGACAUUUGAAGGACUCGCGGAAUAUUUGAAGGAAGUGCAGAGUUGGGGUAUGCGCGCGAUACUACUUUACGACCCAGGAAUUCAAGUCGAUGACGAGCCUUUUAAGAGAGCGCUGCAAAAUGGUGAGACAUUUACGAAACACAGAUUGAGAGUUUUGGCAAUGAAUUCGUUGCAGGACCUAUACCCUCUGGUGAAAAACACAAAGAUCAUGCUCGGCGUAGUAUGGCCGGACCGUCACGUUGCAUUUCCGGACUUCCUCGAUCCGACCAAUGCCACAAAGAACUGGUGGAUUCAGGAAAUCGUUAACUUCCACAAGAAGGUGCCACAUGAUGGAAUUUGGAUUGAUAUGAAUGAGCCGUCUGCUUUUGGCACCAAUGAAAAAGUUCCGUGGUACUUCCAAAUGAAAGAUCAUCCCAAUAUCGAAGCGCUCUGGUGUCCAACAAAUUCAACGGAUAGGCAAUGGGAAGUGCCACCUUUCCAAACACACUCGGUUUAUCACUACAAAUAUGAAACGCUAUUAGCAUCCAAAACGCUGUGCAUGACGGCGCUACAGGCGGAUGGCAAGCAGAGGUUCUACAAUGUAAAAAAUCUUUAUGGUUGGAGUGAAGCAAGGAUAACUCAACAGGCACAUUAUGCUGCAAUGGGAAAACGAUGCAUUGUGGUAUCGCGGUCAACUUUCCCGUCGGCUGGACGGUACACUGGACACUGGUUGGGGGACAACUCCGCCACCUGGGAAGACCUUCAGGCAUCCAUAAUUGGUGCCAUGGAAUUCAACAUGUUCGGAAUACCGUUCGUCGGAGCGGAUCUAUGUGGCUUCAACGGGAAAACGAGCGAAGAACUCUGCCUAAGAUGGCAACAAUUGGGAGCAUUCCAUCCUUUCAUGAGGAACCAUAACGCGAUAAACGAACCACCGCAAGAUCCCGCACUAUGGCCAAGUGUAGCUGAGGCAACGAAGAAAGCGACGCUCUUCCGAUACAGAUACCUACCGUAUCUAUUUAGUUUACAUUUCAUUGCCUCUAUGGAGGGAGCAACUGUAAUCCGACCGGUAUUCUACGAGUAUCCAAACGACAAUAACACUCACAAUUUAAGUCAUCAGUUUCUAUGGGGACGAUCAAUGCUUAUCGCUCCUGCUUUGCAUGAGAAUGCAAACUCCGUGGACGUGUAUCUACCAAAAGACGACUGGUAUUCGUUGUUCGAUUUCCAGUACGGAGAAGCAUGUGAAAGCGGUACUCGAAAAUAUCCGGCUCCAUUAACGUCGCUGAUCCCAGUUUUUGUUAGA